AUGAGUGGGAAGCGUACUCGGAGUUUUAAAAUUGCCGUCCAUCAUCGAGACAGGGACGUGUGGAGCGAGAACGAUUUUCAUCUCCUCACGCACGAGCCGCGCUUUUUUCACAGGAUGGUCAGAGCUGUAGCCCACGAGUUCCUGUCGGACGAUCGAGACCGGAAAUACUACGCUGACCACUACACGUGUUGCCCUCCUCCACUCUUUAUCAUCAUUAUUACCCUUAUAGAGCUGGGUUUCUUCACAUACUACACCGUUACCAUGGGGGAGAUCACAACCACAGGUCCUGUUCCGAUCGAUAGUCUUUUUAUAUACCGUCCCGACAAACGGCUCGAAGUUUGGAGGUUUGUCUUCUACAUGGUCCUUCAUGCAGGGUGGAUUCAUCUUCUCUUCAAUUUAUUGGUUCAAGUAUUAGUAGGUCUCCCUCUAGAGAUGGUCCAUGGAUCUCUUAGAAUAGGAACCGUGUACAUGGCAGGAGUGCUAGCAGGCUCUCUCGGAACGUCCGUGUUCGACACCGACGUGUAUCUAGUCGGAGCAUCGGGUGGCGUUUACGCUCUCUUGGCUGCUCAUCUUGCCAACGUUCUUUUGAAUUACAACCAAAUGGAAUUUGGCUUUAUGAGAUUGGUUGGUAUCUUUCUUAUUGCCAGUGCCGACGUGGGGUUCGCCAUCUACGGUCGCUACGCUGCAGAACAACAAGGUCCUCCGGUGUCCUAUGUGGCACAUCUCACGGGUGCUUUAGCAGGUCUCACGAUAGGUCUUCUUGUUUUAAAGAACUUCGAACAGAAACUGCACGAACACUUACUCUGGUGGGUCGCAUUAGGAGUGUACGCCGCCUGUACGCUAUUUGCAGUACUUUUCAAUGUUUUUAACUACUGACACCAGAAAACGAUAAUAAUUACAGAGUAGCGCCACUAGGUGUCCCUACACCUUCCUUUAUGUGUUAAUGUGUGUAUGUAUGUGUGUGAACAAGGCAGAAUACGCAUUAAAACUGUACAAAAAGUGAGAUAUUUAGUAGCUGUCUAUUUCACGGAAGGUGUCGCGUGAAUGGGAUUUGUGGACAGUUAGUCACAUUUAAGAGUUUUGACUUUGUUAAACCAUAUAUGGUUACGAUAUCCAGUGUUUGAGAGGAGGAUGCUAAGACAGUUCCCGGUGAAAUUUAGAGACUAUCCCUAGUGGUAAUGGUAUGCGGUCUGAAGAAGAAUAGAAGGUAAACCACAGAGAACUGUUGAGUUGUCUGAAUACUUAUUUAUGUAACAUGACUCAUAAAAAUUGUGUUUAUAACUUUCUAGCAUGUAUCCACCAAAUUAUAUCUGCGAUCGUUCGUACUCACCUCAUUUAAAACAUUUCAUGCAGAAGAAAAAAUAAUUUUUUUUCAUGAGAUUAAUCUUAGCAAAGCUGUACGACCAAAGUGAUGCUGGCGCCAUCUUGUAGUAGGUUUUAGCUUUACGCUUAUUUCGCUGCCGUCUUAAGAAUUGUAAGAUAACCCUCCAGCUUUUAUCUUGUAGAGAUUAUUGAUUUUAGCUCUCGAAAUUAAUUCAAGGUCGCAUUUGU